AUGUCGUCAGAUUUUUGGGCUGGCUACCUUAGCGGAGCCAUUGGAAUUAUCAUUGGGAAUCCGCUAGAUCUCGUCAAAGUUCGACUACAGGCAGGUUGUGCGGAGGCAAAUGCAUCUUCCCCGCAUGUGCAUCUGAACCGCUUCGACAAUGUUCGCUCUCUGGUGCGAGGCGCUGCCGCUCCCAUCCUUGGAUAUGGGGCCCUCAAUGCCCUUCUGUUUGUCGCUUAUAAUCGAUCAUUGGUGUUUUUGGAUAACUCAGUGACUGAUCCCACGAAUCCCCAAACCACUACGCUCUGUAAGAUAUGGAUUGCUGGUGCAAUAGGUGGAGUGGCUAGCUGGGCUGUCUCUUCCCCGACUGAAUUUAUCAAAUGCCGGGCGCAACUUGACACACGGCCUGGAGUUUCUUCUUGGACUGUUGCCAAAGACAUCCUCCAAACCCGUGGUUUGAAGGGCCUGUAUUAUGGGGGUGCAAUAACCUGCGCCAGGGAUUCCGUUGGAUAUGGAUUUUAUUUCUGGAGUUACGAAUAUUGCAAACGCUGUAUCACAUCCGACGACGAUGGCGCUAGAAAAGCUGCUCUAAAAAUUCUUCUUUGCGGCGGGGUCGCUGGCGUUGCUACAUGGGCCUCAGUGUUUCCCUUGGAUGUAAUUAAGACGAGACUACAGGCGCAGACCAUUGCGAUACAACCUGAGAAUCGCUUAUUAUUAAGAUCCCAACAGGGGGGUCAGCUGCUAAACUCGUUUCAGCUUUUUAGAGAGACAUAUCGGGCUGAGGGGCUAAGAGUCUUUUACCGUGGCUUAGGAAUCUGCAGCGUGAGGGCAUUUAUUGUAAAUGCCGUUCAAUGGGCAACAUAUGAAUGGCUUAUGAAAUCCUUGACCAACUCGUGGACACAAGCACCGCUUCAAGGACUUAUGAAUGAAGUAUAUGAGACAUGA